AUGGCAGACAGUACAACUACACCCAUCCGAGCCAUUGGAAAUGUCAAGAUAUUUGCAAAUUCAGAUUUGCACACAUAUCUAUUAUCUGUCGCAAAGCUAGUGGACAAGGACCACACUGUAACUUUCCACCGACAAGGUGCUGUUAUCAAGGACGAACAAGGCAACGUCAAGCUGCAGAUCAAACGCAAGGGAGAUCUAUUCUACUUGGAUCAAAACGCUCAGCAAGCCAAAUCCGCUAUACAAACCAAAUCUCAAGCUGAAAACUGGCACCGACGCCUCGGUCACGUCAAUUUUCAAGAUGUCAAGUUCCUCGUCAACGAGAGAUAUAUCAAAGGACCAAACGUCGAAUUCCAGAACAAUCCACCAUGCAAGACGUGCAUCAUGGGGAAAUUAACUCGUCUACCUUUUCCGAAACACUCGGAAACAUUGACCACACCCCUAGGCAUAGUUCACACCGACUUAUGCGGACCGAUGCGA